AUAGUAAAAAUAAAAUCUCUAUUAACCUUGAGGAAAUUAGUCUCACAGUUUGUGCCAUUCAGAUAUGAAGCAUGCAUUACAAUUGGCCACAGCUAGCUAGACGUAGAUCCAGGGAGGACGGUGGGUCAAAAUCGACCCAGGUGGCCCACAAAUUGUAUGCCAUAUGAAAUAUGAUGGACAUCCAAUUAUAUCUGUCCUCAAAAGCAUUGUGUAAAGUUUAAUAAUGUAUCGAAAGUAUUCUGCGAUAUGAAUAAUUUAUUAGAUGAUUUUGAAACUAACUGAUAAGCACUAUUACUAAAUGAAUAAAAUUAAUAAAGUAUAACACUUGGAAUGGUGAAUCUCUUAUUAUGAAAAAUUCCUGCUAUCAUAUACAUUAACAUAUACAUAUUCACAUUCAAGGCAUUCAAAGCUGGUUUGGUCAUACUGUUUAAUACGACUCACUGUCUAAAUCAUUUAUAAUAAAGGUACAGAAGAAAUAAAAUUACAAAGAAAAGAAAGACGAUUGACGUCAACAAUGAACCUGCUUUUGAUUUCCGCUAAGGAUAGCUUCUAAUUAGGAAGAGUGAAGAAAUUGUGUUACGCUAACCGUUUAAGGGACAGAUGAUGAUUUAAAAAAAAAAAAUUUGAACUUCGCACCUUUGGUAUGGAAAGCCAAUGUUCUACGCAAUUACCACAUGACAAUCAAGGCAAUGUUCUAGUAUUUUCUGCAUGGCGAGCUCCAAUGAUGCACAUUAUGUAAUAUACGUCUAACCUACAUCUGUUGACAACAAGACAUCGUCAGUUUCGAUGAUUAAAAAAUAGUGAACCAGUUCACGUGAAUAGCAAACCCAACGGCGACCUACUUGGUUUAAGUCUCGUCUGCACCUAAAGUCAAUAGAUAGAGACACUCUAUGAUAACAUAUUAAAACAUAAUGAAAAUAUUUUUUUUAAAGAAAUUUAAAAAAAAAAUAAUUUACAAAUAGGGCCUGUAACAACUUAUUAAAUUAAUAAGAAAGGCACAUUUAUAAAAAAAAAAAAAAAAAAAAAUUUAAAACUUAACAAGGUAUCAGUCAGAAAAAGAGGACUUAGUAAAAUUCAGAUCUCUCAGUACCAUUAUGAGGUCGAGAAGGUGUAUAGGCCUAAUUAUUGACAUCUCAUCGAUGUAUUAAAAGCCUUCAUUCAAGACAGUGUGUAGUUAUUAGAAAGACUAAGAAAGUAACUAGAGACAGUUAUAGUGAAAUUUAAUUGAUUGUGAAUAUUUACAGAGGAAUAUUACCAUAUGUGAAGCACGCAAUGACGUCGCGUAACCAGUAAAACAUUGUCAGUAGCUAAAAUGUAUAGAAUUUAGUUAGAGGAUCCAGAUCAACCACUAGAACCAUUAGAACAUUACUUAUACUAUAUAAGUAGAGGCUUGCCUUAGAACUAUUUCCUAGAGUGUCUCCACUGUAGCCACACCCAACGGUGGGUCCGAAACACGGCAGAGCGACAACAUUGGAUGUUCAAAUGACUGCCUGGUCUCCUGGAAUUAAUGCGCUCCGGACUGUCGGCACGAUGAUUCCGAGAUCGAACCUUGCCGUCCUGAAGAAGUUUAGGCUAGGAUGCAAUUAGCUUCAUUUCUGAAGGGAGCGUCCGAAAACUUAUAAAUCAAGUCAACACACCCAUUCCAUCACAAGUGGUUCCUAAAACUUUACAAAGGUGAAGUCCCCUAAAGUAUGUAAUGCACAAGUGCCCUUAAAUAUAUAAUGCCAUGCACCCUUCCUGUAGUAAAGAUCUCGGAGCCGAUAGGCUGGUUAAGACCUUUUUGGAGGAAACAGUACAAGGGAAAAGAAAGAGAGGCAGAGAAAGUAAUAGGAAGACCACAUCAAAAAUGGACAGGCCUAGGCAAAGACAAGAAUGGAGAAAUACAGUCGACAGAUAAUAUGUGGUUCCCUAGCGAUCCAACAGACUAAGGAAUAGGCGAAGAAAAUGUUGUCAGCUAUUAUUUUAAUGGUAAAUCUCAAAUGGAUUGUUCCUACUGCUUUUAUGUUGGGAGCAGCACCAGCAUAUAUAACUGUUUGGGGAAGCUGGAGAAUUAUUUCAGCAAUUUUCCCUAAGUGGGUUUAUGUUAAAGGAGAUGAUUUCUUAUUCUCUACUUAUCACAGAAAUUUAAUGUUCUUCUUUGAAGUCUUAACUGGUGUAGAGUUGAUAUUUUAUGGAGACCUUAAAGCACUUCAGGAGUUACCAAGUGGAGAGAACUGUAUUUAUAUGUCCAAUCAUCAAACCACAAUGGACUGGGUAAUAGCAAGCUGCAUUGCAUUACGCAGAGGAAGCUUGGGUAGAGUUCGCUAUGUCCUGAAGGAUGGAUUGAAAUUUCUACCAUUUUAUGGCUUUUAUUUAGGAAUGCAUGGAUCACUGUUUGUUAAGAGGGCAAAAAAAUUCAACAGAGCAAAAGCUGAAAAACAACUGACUAGGGAUGCAACAGACCAAAAACCUAUGUGGCUGGUCAUCUUCCCAGAGGGAACCCGGUUCAACCCAGAACAUCAUGAGACAAUAAAACUGAGUAAAAACUUUGCAAUAGAACAAGGAUUAGAACCACUGGAAAAUGUUUUGUUUCCUAGAGUUGGUGCUAUGCAAGUCUGUGUUGAUCACUUAAGAACCACUGUGGACUCUGUCUUUGACAUCACCUUGGCUUAUGGAAACUCUUACAAUUUUAGUGAAAAGAAACACAGAGAAGCCCCUCCAAUGCAAGAUUUUCUUAUGGGUUUAAGUCCUCAAGUUCAUAUUCAUGUCUCUCGAAUACCAAUUGAUGAAGUACCAGUAGAAGCAGAGAAACUGAAGCAGUGGCUUUAUUUAAGAUAUCAAAUGAAAGACAGGUUAUUGCAUGAAUUCUAUUCAGCUGAAUCAGAGAAAGAGGCCAGAUUUCCCUGCAUGCGUGUAACUAAGGCCCUGAGCCUGCCUGCCUUGUUGCCAUCAGUUCUUUUAUGGAGUGGAACAUUUGCAGCUGUAAAUGCUUUUCAUAAAGGACAGCAAAUCUACUGGACUGUAGGCCUGGGUAUUGCUAGUAUUGGUUUGGUUUGGAUGGGGAUUAGAUAAUAAUUCUUUAUCAAAUUUUUAAGUGAGAGUUUGAAUAAAUUACACUUUACAAAACAGCCUGAAUAUUAUGACUUGCCUUGUUAAGUUAAAGCCUUUCCUUCAUAAAAGAAGAUUGUUACAUCCCCCAAAUCUCCUGCAUUUCAGCAGUGGCAGGCAUUGUUUGAACAGUGGCCCAGAACGCAUGCCACACAACAGGGUAGUCAUCCAUACAUACAUAAAGUAUAAUUGUUAAACAAAGUUAAUUAUGCACAAUUAAGGCUUACCAUAGUUAAGGUAAUGGUUAAUAUAUAUGUAUUUAAGAUUAGAUGAAACUACAGUGAAAAUAUGUAUUUAAAAAGUGUAUUUAACUUAAAUUGUAAAGAAAUAGUUUGAAGAGAGUAAUAAAUUUGAAGUUUAAAUGUUGUUUGUUUUGACAAUAAAUUUUUAAAAAUUCCAAUGGCCUACAGUAUAUGCCACUCCUUUACUUCACUGCAUAUAUCCAAUUUAGACAUCACAGUUUAACCCCACUACCUUACUCUCUUCUUUGGCCCAAUUGUCAUAGUUUCUAAGGAUAAAAUACCUUUGCUUUACCUGCCUACUUCUCUGUAUAACACACACACAUGACUGUUUGAGGGCCAUAAGUUGUAAUUUUGUCUUUUUCACUGGAGGACUAUGAAGGGAAUACCCUCUCCCAAAAUGUAUCCCCCAUAUUACAUUCACUUUAAUGGUACCUUAUCUUUGACUAAGGUAAAAUGCUUUUAUUAAUCUUCAUUCAAGGCAAUAGAAUCUCAUUUCACAUUGUUAACAAUGUGAUUUGGAAAAAAAAAACAAGAGAAAUAUCUACUUUAUUCAUUGUUUUUGUUUCAUUUGAAUGUGUUAGUGCCAUAAUUUGAAAAGAAAUGAAAAACUGAUAUAGGAAAUGAAAGCAUAAUAAUAUGUGAAAUUGUAUCUAUACUAGACCAAAGUUUUGGCAAGAAUCAAUGAAAUAAUUUGAAUUCAGAAUUAUAUUUAACAAAUAUUAUAUGUCUAAUAAGCAAGUUUUGCUUCAUGGAAAUAAUGUUUCUGCACUAAAAGCUGAUCAAAGAAAUGUUCUUUUGUUCUAGAAAAAAAAUUUUGCCUAAAAAAUUUGAGCUGCUGAAUCCUUUACAGUUACAUCUUAUUUCUUAAUAUUGAUACAAACUAAUAGUGACCUGAAGUUGCUUCUGUUAAUUUUAGUCCAAAUCAUCCUUUAGUUUUAUUGUGUACUAUACCUAGAUGAAAAUUAUUAACAUUACCGAUUGUAAUAUUUAUUUAUUAGUAUUUAUGUAGCUUUAAUUUUUGAAUUAACAAUUUAAAUGUUCAAACUUAUGGCAAUGUUAUUCCGUCAUAUGAUCAUGCAUAUCAUAUAAUAUUAAUUUGUGAAAAUUUAAAGUAAGGUGAAGUAGUAUGGUCAUUCAUACAGAGACAUCUAAGUAUAUGUGGUCAAACAUGAUGUUAGUUAAUAUGCUCACACAUGAUAUAGUAAAUAUGCUCACACAUGAUGUUUGUAAAUAUGAUCACCAUAAUGUUAGUAAAUAUUAUUUAUUAUUAUGCUAGUAAAUAUGCUCAUGAAAUAAUGCUAGAAAAGAAUUUUUUUAAAAUGUUAUAUUGGGUACAAAGAACUUUUAGUAGAACUGGGUAAAAUGUGGAACAAAUCUUGUGGAGUGGUUGGAUUUUUUUUACAUCUGAUGUAUAAUUAAUGAUACACAGUUCUUGUCUUAUAUUUUUGAAAUGAUUUCCAAUAUUAACCCAUUUCUGUUGUGGUAUUUUACUUUAGCUUACUAAUCUUGUACCAAAUUCAAUUUUUUUUUUUUACAUUGUUCAUCUUUUUAUCUAUUUAUAAAUUUCAAUCAUUUUGUUGUAUUCUUAUCUAUAUACAUUAUAAAUUAUAUAUCUGUGAUUUCAUUAAAGCUAAAAAUGUGUAAUAUUGUUAUGUCUAAGUAGUCCCUCUUUCUUUUGAAAGCGUCCGCUUUUCAGUUAUUAAUGUUGUUAGUUACAUAUCAUCAUUAAUGUUCUAAGUACCAUUAAGCCCUGUGAAUACUCUACAGGCUUCCUGCUUGAAAACCACUGGCUAUGAGUAUUUAAUUUUAUUUUUUAAAUUUAACAGAUCAAAUCAUUGUCUUUAAUAUUAUUUUUUAUCUAGUUGACCGCUCCAUCUACUAACUAAAGGUUAUACAAUUCAUCUUGAAUAACAUUUUAUUAUUAAGUAUAUAAAUGCAUUUCUUCUUUUUUAACAUUAUCAUUUCAAGACUUGUGAUAUCAGAGAAUUGAUAUAAAAGACAAGAAUACAUAGUUAUGGUAAGAUGGAAUUUUAAGAGUCCAUCAAUGUAUAAAUUGGUUAACAUUUUUUAAACAUGAUUUGCAAAUUGUAUGUAAAAAAAAAAGUUCUGUUGGUAUGAUAUAAGAACUUUUCAAUUAAUUACUGCUUGCACAGUGCAUACUUCCUUUUUAAAGCUGUAGGUAAACAUUACAUUAGUCACAUUAGUGUGAUGAACUAAGUUGUAUGUAUCACCUCCCCCUCCCAUAGGGAAAUGCCUAUAUUAUAACCUGUUCCAUCUGAUUUCACCAAUCUAUUUAUUUGCACAAAAUAAGUACACUUGUUAUGUUUAGUCAUCUGAGCCUGAACCCUUUUUAAAAUAGUGUAUUUCUCCAUACACUAAAUAUUAUGACAAUAUUGACCAUCUAAAUAUUAUCAAAUUGUUUUGUCUUAUGUGUCAUAUAUAUAGUAAAGUAAAAAGUGAAGUAUCCCCUUUUAGACACAAUGACCAACUGCCUUUACUUUCCCCAAUUAAAGUCUAUACCCAGUAGAGUUUGGUGGACUCGGUGGAGUACUUAAAAAUAAUUUAAAAUCACCAAGAUUUGAACCCUGGACCUCUUGAGUUCAGAAGCCAAGCGCUUUACCCCUCAGCCACCCUUCACAUAUACAUAUUGUUACAUUUCUCUCUCUCCUAAUUAGGCGUUCUGUAAACAACUGCUCAACACACAACACAUCAAGAACUUGAUAAGAGUUCCAAAUAAUCUGCUACUUUAAUGAAUAGAUAACAGCCAAUGCUAGACAAUAGGCAACACAACUACUAAAAAUGUUACACUUUACAUCACUGUACUAAACUCUACUGUCUCUAUCUCUUCCUGGACCCGUAUGUUCACUUGAGGACUCCGCCAGGACUGACUUUAUGGCCUACUAACAGUCCCGGUCUCAUCCCUGUCCUGUCUUGAACUGCACUGCCUUACACACUGUCUCUGGUCCAUGCAGGCUUAUGAUCCGAUGAUAACACGGGUCAUAUUCACAUGCAAAGUUCAUACCAGUACUGUCCCUUGCCCUUCGAUAUAGCACGCUAACUGUAUUACUGUCCUGUGUCACAUGUGUCAGCUGAUCAUACACGGUUAGCCUUAUCGUUCCACCAAUAGGGCUACAACAGUAUAUAUAAUAUAUAUAUAUAUAUAAUAUUUUUUUUAUAAUGAAUAUUAGUGUUAAUAGGUUUUGAAAACUAAUAUGCAUAUUUUAUACAUGUACAUAUAUAAAAAAAAUUUAAACAAGAUUGGUGUCAAUCUGCAACUAUUAAUGCCAUUUGGGUGUCAUUUUGUAAAUAUGUUGGGAGUAUCCAAUGAGUUUUUGCGCGACACCAACUUCUUAAAAUUUUUGUUUUUGAUGCCUAAUUAUUCUGACAUAUUUUGCUUUCAGUAUAACACUGCCUUUGAAUAGAUUCAUUCUAUAGCUCUGUGUUGAUAUUCCUUCCUGAAAAUGUAUCAAAUUUCUCUGCAAUUCCAUUUUCAAAAUUAUUUAGUCAUCAAUACAUUUUGUUAAUGUUAUUCAAAUAUUUGUUUUAAAUUUGAGUGAAGUACUUUAAUUAAAAAUAUUACCAUGAA